GCAAUGUCACACCUUUGUUUCUGUUCCUACAGCACAUCAGAGACUUGGUAGACAGGAAUCAGAGACAGGAAGCAUCGAGAUAUCUUCUGGAUUUAGUGACUGGAGCGAGAAGCCGAGUGCAGAGAGGGAUGUGGGCAGCUUUUGUGAAAAUAGAGGACAAUAAACCACAGCUGAAGACAAUCCUGAGAGAGAUCCAGGAAAAGGGUGACAGACUUCCCACUGAGGUAUUUCGGGGCUGGUGUGAAGAGAAGGUGCCAGAAGAGCUUAGAGACGUUCAGAAACAGCACAAAGAAACGCUCCGCUCCCAGAAUGAGAAGCUGUCAGUAAACACCCUGCGAGGACGGGAGAAGACCAAGACAUUUCUGCUGUCUGACCGCUACACAGAAUUAAUAGUCACUUCAUCUCCCCGUGAGCGGAGGCUGGUGGAGCAUGAACUGGUGGCGAGAGGCAGAGAACAUGAGGAGUGGCAAGAGAAGAAUGUCAGGAAGGAGAUGAAGAAAAUACAACCGGAUGAGCUGUUCGGAACUACAUUCGGAACAACCGUCCUGAGUGGAAUCGCAGGGAUUGGGAAAACCACGAUGGUGCAGAACAUUCUGUAUCGCUGGGCCACAGGGAAGAUCUAUCCCAUCCACUUUGUCUUUCAUUUCAAAUUCCGUGACCUGAACGUGAUAAAAGGGGAAACCAGCCUGAAAACCAUGGUCCUGGAAUCAUAUCCUUAUCUUCAGGAUGUUCUGGACAAGAUCUGGGAGAAGCCGGAACAUUUGCUGUUUGUGUUUGAUGGUUUGGACGAGUUCAAGGACAGGAUUGAGUUCACAGACAGUGACAGAAACCCAGACCCUCGGGUCAGCUGCCCGGGGCCGGAAGGCCUCUGUCCCGUGGCUGACAUUGUGCGCUCUCUGGUACAUCAGCAAGUACUGAUAGGCUGUUCAGUGCUGAUCACAAGCCGCCCAACUGCUCUGGAGUCUUUAGAUCACAUCCACACCAAACUCUGGGCUGAAAUACUGGGAUUCUUCGCUGAGGGAAGGGAAGAUUACAUCAGACGCUUCUUUCCAGAUGAGAAGAUUGCAGCUGAAGUGCUGAGAUAUGUGAAGGAAAAUGACAUCCUCUACACCAUGUGCUUCAACCCUUCCUACUGCUGGAUCCUCUGCUGCACAUUGGAGCCAAUCUUCAAACAUCCAGAGCACAAACAGCCUCCCCCCAAAACCAUCACACAGCUGUACUCCAGUUACAUUUACAACAUCCUGAAGAACCAUCCCCGAGAGAGUGAGAGCCCUCGGGAGGUGAUGCUGAGAGCCGGGGAGAUGGCCUAUGAGGGGGUCUGUAACAGGACCAUUGUGUUCGAUGAUGACCAUUUGUCUCACCAUCAGCUUCAACCCUCAACCUUCAUCUCAGGGUUUAUGAUGGAGAUUCUGGAGAAGGAUAUUGGUGUGGGACGAGUUGUGUACACAUUCCCUCACCUCACCGUCCAGGAGUUUGUGGCUGCUCUCGCUCAGUACCUGACUCCAGUCCGCAGGAACCUUGUGGAGCUGCUGGACCAGAUUCAGAAGAAGAACGACGGGCGCUUUGAGAUCUUCCUGCGGUUUGUUGUGGGUCUCUCCUGGCCACACACAUCCCGGCAGCUGGAGGAUAUCCUGGGACAGUUACCUAACGCGUCAGUCUGUGAAGCCAUCUCCUGGCUGAAGGUGAAUGUUGAGGCAGCGAUUAAACAGUCGGAGAGAGGAGGUAAAAGGAAGCUGCUGAACAUGAUGUACUAUCUAUUUGAGUCUCAGAACAACACUCUGGCCCAGGUCACACUCGGAGCUGUGGAGACACUGGACUUUAGUGCGUUCACAUUGAACCCUCUGGACUGUGCUGUGCUGUCUCAUGUGUUACAGCUCUGUGACACCAUACAAACCUUCGAACUCUCCAACUGUAACAUCGGAGCUGAAGGGAUCCAGCGUCUGGUGCCCGCACUGCACAAGUGCCGACAGCUCAGGUUUGUCCUUAUUGAUGGUUUCAGUGAGAAACAUGGAGAAUAUCAGCCA